UCGAAACUUACUUCAGUGUGAAAACGUUCAAACUGAAAAUAAUAAUUAUUGACUUCAUUCAAUGACUAUGUCAGUGUAAUCGAAAAUGAUGCUGUAGACUAUAGAGAAAGUGGGCCUAUGCAAAGGAUGGCUGCGCUCUUGUCCUCUGCGGCAAAGCCAGCGUUGGAAUCGCUGGCUAGACCGUGUGCUGCCCGGCACGCGAUAGCGCUGCGAUGCUUCGGUGGAGGACGAGCGGAUAGUAAAUAUGAAGAGCAAGGUGGGUCGAUGAACGACAUCAUCGAUGGUCAUGUCGGAGAGCUGACGAUGAAAACCUUCCUGUAUGAACACGGCAAGUACCCUCUCCUGGGUCACGUGCAAAAGAAUGACUUUGAUCGUCUAGUUCGUGGUGCUGAGCAUAGAAACAGAGUUCACCAACCGCCCAUGACGUAUGGCGACAGCGAGGGUCUUUGGCUUCAGAGAGAAGUUGCUAUGUGGGAAGAUGGGCGCAUUCGCUUGGCGGAGAUGAUGAGUAUCGACCCUGAGACAUUUACCGAGGAAGAUAUUACAAAAUCUCUUGCUUACCUUCUGCCAUCUCAGCUGUGGGAAAAGGAUACUCGGCCUAGGAUGCUGCAUCCUAUGAGGUUGUAUCCGGAGAAGCUAGAGGCUGACAUGGACCUGCAUGCCACCCCGAAAUCGGCGGGAUUCUACACCGGAUCUGCUGGUUUCAAUGAGCUUCUUUAUAGCAUCUAUCAACAAGCUGAACGGAUGCAGCGCAAGAUGGCGUCCGCUGGUUUCAGAGAGCUGAUGGAAGAGUUCAACCAGAGGACUGAAGACAGCUAUAUUUGGAAGAAGAAGUCAGAGAUGGAAUCUGCGCUGCGUGAUCCACUCUCUGAUGAACAGUAUGACAUGGUGAUUGAGCGGUUGGAUAAACUUGCUAACCACAAGCUCUCCUACGUGGCCUCUAAGUUUCUGAAGCAAUGGAGCAACCCACAUGUCAAGAAGAAGGUCGUCGAUGAUAACUCUAGAACACAGCAGGGUCAGCGCAUGGAAUGUCGCGCUUGGGCCUCUGUUCGUCCCGGCACCGGCAAGCUGUUUAUACGUGAGCGUCCGCAGAUCCGCGCCGGCCUGCUCAAGGCCCUGGACAUUGCAAUCUACUGGCCCGAUCUCGCCCACCGGCAAAUAGUAUUGCACCCGUUCAUCGCGACAAACUCCAUCGGCUUAUUCGAUGCCGAGAUUGAGGUCUUGAGACACGGCAAUGGCUGCGAUAUGGCAAGCCCGACGGUCGCUGCCGGUGCUACUCGCUUGGCGCUGAGUAGAGCACUGGCUGUUAUUAACCCCGAGUACAAGGAGAUUCUAGAGAAAGAAAAUCUUCUCACGCAAGACGAGCGUUCAGCGCAGAGAAAGCAGCCCGGUAGGCUCACGGCCAGAAAGAUUGGUCAAUGGAAAAAGCGAUAGUACUCCUCGGCACCCACCACCUUCACUUCUAUCCGUAUUCGUAUCAUCUUGGAUGAUCAAGAGGCUUGCCCAGUUGCUUGCCGCUGCGCCCGAGUUCUUUCAUUUGCCAGUUGACCAGUGUCUGGACUUGAAGAGCUUUUAAAUUAAUAUUAUGGAACUGGUCUUUGGACAGCUAGCGAGCUUGUGGAAUGUGUAACAAUUCUCUUGAAAAUUAUAAAUAUUUCA